UCAAGAUCUGCAUACCAUCACGACUCGACUUUGAAGCCUUUAAAGCAAGAAAGAUAGACCGGAGAACUCGUCCGGAGUCAACACAUUCAUCUUCGUUCCAGAUUUGAGCAGAACGGGAGGGCACAUAGCAACAUGGCGACCGAGGACAAGCGACAAUGUCAGGGCGCAGACUGCAACAACGAGGCAGGCACACUACAAUGUCCGACUUGCCAAAAGCAAGGACUGGCCAGCUUCUUCUGCAGCAACGACUGCUUCAAGCGCAACUGGAGUGAACACAAGAAGAUUCACAAGUCAACGAGUAACCCUCUCCGCUCCAUCUUUGCUCCCAAAGUCAUUUCUGAACCUGACCCAGCAACCGGCACCCGCAACCCCUUCCCUGCCUUCCAGUACACUGGCGACCUCCGACCCGUCUACCCCCUGUCACCCACCCGCAAGGUUCCUGAACACAUCCCGCGCCCCGACUAUGCCAAAGAUGGUAUCCCUCGCUCCGAGCAGGUCUUUGUUGGCCGCAACAAGAUCACCAUCCUGGACAAGGCCCAGCAAAAUGCCAUGCGCAAGGUCUGCAGGCUAGCACGUGAGGUUCUGGACAUUGCCGCUCGCGCUGCUGUGCCCGGUGUCACUACCGAUUACAUCGACGAGGUUGUUCACAACGCCUGUGUAGAGAGAAACUCAUACCCUUCUCCGCUGAACUACUGCCAUUUCCCCAAGUCAGUAUGCACCUCGGUCAAUGAGUCCAUCUGCCACGGUAUUCCCGAUCAGCGCGUCCUCAAGGACGGAGACAUCAUCAACAUCGACGUCACUCUCUACCACGAAGGCUUCCACGGCGACAUCAACGAGACUUACUACGUUGGCGACAAGGCUCUGGCCGAUCCCGACUCGGUCCGCGUUGUCGAGACUGCCCGCGAGUGUUUGGACGAGGCCAUCAAGAUCGCAAAGCCCAACACACUAUUCAGAGAGUACGGUCCCGUCAUUGCAAAGCACGCCGAGGACAGAGGUUGCAGUACUGUCAAGACCUACUGCGGUCACGGUAUCAACACUCUCUUCCAUUGCGCUCCCAACGUGCCCCAUUACGCAAAGAACAAGGCCAUCGGUAUGGCAAAGCCCGGCAUGUGCUUCACUAUCGAGCCCAUGAUCUGCCUCGGAACCUACAAGGAUAGAACAUGGCCCGACAACUGGACCAGUGUCACGGUCGAUGGCAAGCGCUCUGCUCAGUUCGAACACACUCUUCUCGUUACCGAGACCGGUGUUGAAGUUUUGACUGCUCGCCUGCCUGACUCGCCCGGCGGUGCUGUCGCCUGGCCUGGAACUGCCAACGGUCUUCCUGCCGCCGCAUAGGAACUGAAAAGUAAUGGAGAUUUAUUGGAUUGAACGAAGCAUCAGCAUGGUAUACACUGGGAAAGGAAAUGCAUGUCUUGACACAGCUUGGUCGGAAAUUUGGGCGGCCACGCGAACAUCUUUAUAUAGUAAAGAUCAGUCUACGUAACAAAUCAUAUCAUCACUGUUUUGAAGCUUCCAGCAU